AUGGAAACACCAGAACCAAACACUCAACCUAUUAAUACUACUUCUUCUUUAUCACUUCCUAAACUCUGUAAAAAGACUAAUUCUCAUAAAAUAGAAAACCUUAUUGAGUACUCUCAUGUUCCUGAAGAUGCUCAAAUUUCUGAAACAAUACCUCCUUUAUUGAGUUCGUACAACAUCUUCAAAAGACAAAGAUGUGUUACCAGAUCCAUCCGAAAUCUUAUCUCUACCAAUCGCCCUCAUAUGAAAGAGUACGUCCAGUCAUCUAGACUAGACCAAUGCAGCCUAAGAGCUACAAACCAAGAACAAUACGUAGAUCUGGAGAUUCCCCAAUAUCUCAUAAACCACUGGAAAACUGAAGGAUAUACAGCCUUACACUUCGGGGUUGUCAAACUCAUCCUUUCUCUUCAUGGAAGGAAGAACCAACCCGUCUUUUGCAAAAUAGCUCUUCUGGACUCCAGCUACCUCCACUAUGAAAAUGUUGUGAUAGAAACUGUUCUAACUACACUUCAUGCAGGAAGUGUCGUCCUCACCAUCUUCCCUAACUAUAAUGUGAGUCUUAAUGAUAACACCUUGUCCACAAGACUGAAAGUACAGAUCCAAAUCACCGGAACUGACCAAGUGCCUGAAGCUAUGUCAGCUACCCUCCAUCACCAGAUAAUAUACCGCUUACAAAAUCACUCGAUAGAUCUUCCUAUCUCAGGGUGCUCUUAUGAUUCACUAUUGGUUGUCACCAAUAGAGAAGAAGACAUACCCUCCAUAGUCCAGAUUCCAAGAAAGAUCACAAGGGAAUAA